AUGGCUCCUCCCGACCUCAACGACGCUCAGCGAGCCAUCCUGAGAAACGCGGGCAUGGAAGAGCUCUGGGGCAAGAUCUUCGAAAACUGGUCUCCUGGACACCGCAUCCCGAUGCCCGUCAUGACCAGACACACUUUUGUGGAAUCCUCCAUCUCAAUCGGCCGUCUUAAAUGCAACCAACCCCCCGGCGGCGACUACCUUGUCCCCUGCCCCAAGUACCGCAAGGAGCGCGCCACAGUCUACCUCGCGGUCAAGCGUGACGACAACGACAACACUGCCUUUUUGUGGUGCGACAAGAAGGGCGAGCCCGUCAAGCGAAGCGAGAUCAUCUUACGACGCGAUGUUGAUCUUGACCGUCUCAAGGAGAUGCUCUGCGAGGAUUACAACAACAAUGAAUGCUACUUUAUCGACGAGUACAACGAAGCUAUCAAGAUUGCUCAUGGACGCACUGUUCUGGCUUUUCUCGUUGCACGGACUCAUCGUGAUGGUGGACUUGAUCGAUCUCCUGUUCACUUCUGUGAGGAGACGUUCAGGUACAAGGCGCAUGUCUUUUGCUUUGAAGAUGAUCCUGAGAUCAACGGAGACGACUGA